AUGAGGACAACCAUCAGUGCACCGGAGAAGAGGAUUAAAAUGUACUCGCCAGGGCCUAGGAAGGAACAGCUAAGGAUGGUGUUGCUUGGGAAAACAGGAGAUGGAAAGAGUAGCGGUGGAAACACCAUUCUGAACGAAAAAGCAUUCAUUGCCAUGUCAUCAAAGAAUUCUAUAACCCUAAAAUGUGAAUCAAAAUCAGGGACCAUACAUGGGAGGCCUGUAACAGUGAUCGACACACCUGGAUUUUUUGGCACUGAUCUUCCAGAUGAUCAGCAGAGAUGUGAAAUUGCAGAAUGUCUCACUCACUGUGCCCCAGGAGUUCAUGCCUUCAUCAUUAUACUUAGGGUUGGAACAUACACAGAACAAGAGAGGCAGAUGGUGCAAAAAAUAAAUGAAACUGUUGGGGAAAAUGUAUUCAGAUAUUCAGUGGUUCUUUUCACUCAUGGUGAUCAACUCGAUGAUGGUCAAACCAUUGAGGACUUUGUUAGGGAGAGUGAAGAGUUACAGGAGCUUGUGGAUAAGUGUGGGGGACGCUGUCAUGUGAUUGACAAUAAGUACUGGAAUCAGCAGAAAGAUGAGUACAGGAACAACAGUGUUCAGACACAGAAACUACUGGAGACUAUUGAAGAAAUGGUAAGAGAGAAUGAUGGUAAUUACUACACCAGUGAAUUGCUGCAGAAGACAUACAAGCAGAGGAAACUAGAACAAGAGAUGGUCACGUUCUAA